UAAGGCUGAUUGCAGGUUAACGUUGUAAUUAUUUGCAUUCAUUUGGCUUCUUUCAGAGCUGCGACUACAGACUUCACCAUGCGCUUCAACACGCUGUUCUUACUGAUCCUGUCGGGUCUCUGCCUCGCACUAGCACAAACAACCUACGACGACUGCUGUUUGAAGUACGUGAGGAAAAUUGGCAGGAGCACUCAAAGACAUGCAGUGCAGUACAGACAGCAGGUGACAGAUGGAGGCUGCAACAUCCCUGCUGUAAUCUUCACCAUGAAGAAGGGCCGUGAGUUUUGCACAGACCCCAGAGAGAGAUGGGUCAAAGAUCUGAUGAAGAUGAUUGACAGAAAGGUAGCCAGAAACGGCCACAAGAAACCCACGAAGAACCAGCGGCCGUACAGAGGCUGAGGGCGACCGCUCGCUCCAAUGGCCCCUGGUUACUUCAUCUACCUAAUCUUAUUAUUAAGCAACACACAGUUUGAUGGAGGUUUUAUGGUGUCUUAACGGAAUUUAAUCGAGGAGGCUGUCCAAGGAAAUCUUGCAGCAUUGCUUUUGCUUUCACUCUGCACUAAGAUAAAGGUCAAUGCUUGGGUAGAAUUGCAACAGCACCUUUUUGUUCAGGGACGAACCUGCUGAUGCCGACUGACCACGACACACACGCAUAUAAAUGCCUUCAGUAGCAUGGCUGCUUCAAUGACAAUAUCUUUCACCAUUUUCUUGCCUUUUAAGACAUGCGGUAUUCAAUAAGCUGCUUAAUUAAUGGUGAUGGAGUGUACAUGAUAAUAAUACAUGUAAUGUUUAGAGUAUCUCUUGCGUGAUGUUUCCACAUGUCCAUCACAUUCUUGUUUAUAUGUAAACACACAUUGUUCAAUGUAAAUGCCUAUCUGA